AUGAAAGCCUCCAGCCACAACAAGAAGCAACCGCAGCUGAAACGUAGAGCUCCCAUUCGGGCUUUAUGUUGCAGUAGCUGCAGGCUUAGCGUGUCUUCGUCGGAGGAGGAAGUAGAGAGCUCCAGCACUUCUGAUUGUAUCAGGUACCCGUCGAUAUCAAGUUUAGCGAAUGCCAUGGUUCAAGAGAGACUAAACCAGAUGAUAAAAGAGAGGCAGGAGGAGGAUGCCUCAAGAUUGCAUGUGGAUCGUCGGAGAAGAAAGAACAAAGUAAUGUACGGAGAAACUAAGUUUGUGGUAAUGGUAGCGAUGGAAAAGUGUUCUUAUGAUCCAAGAGAAGAUUUUAGGGAGUCCAUGGCGGAAAUGAUAAUGGCAAAACGGAUUGAAGAGCCAAAGGAUCUUCGUAGCUUAUUAAAUUACUAUGUUUCGAUGAAUUCGGAGGAGUAUCAUGAGAUUAUACUCGAGGUAUUUCAUGAACUGGCUUGUCAGGUUGAAGAGAAAUUUCCGCGGAAGCAGGGUGUCUGCAUUGCGCAAUUUUAG